AUGCUCAGGCAGCAUAUCAUCCGCAACAAUGUGGUUAUGGUUCGCGGUUUCUGCGCAAUAAGCGUAUUUCAGUUGCCCAUCUGUUUCGGCGUCUCUCACUCACCUACAUUCCGAAGAAGAAGCAAAUCCGAAGGACUUGAAGAACCAUUCUGCAUCGUUGAAGCGAAAGUACCAUCUGAAGCGGGUAACGCGAAUCUCAUGUCGCAAUUUAGCGCGUCAGCAGGUUCGCCGAUGGUCAGCCAAGACUCCUUGCAGAGCAAAGCUUUAGAAUGCAUAGACAACUUUUACGGAAGGGAUUGCGACUCUACACUUGCUCUUAAUUAUACCAAGGCACCGAAUAAAAAGGUUGCAGCUUCAGCAGCUUCGCAUUAUGGAGAAAGACUGAAGAAGGUACAGUGAUG